AUGGGGCUCUUAACCAGCUCAUCCGAGGCUCCUGCAAAAGCCACACGCGAAGAAAUGCGCGACGCCAAACUCCCCCUAGCCUACCGAGACAACUGCGCGAACCUCCUAAUCCCCCUCAACAGAUGUCGAGUCGACACCUACUACCUACCGUGGAAGUGCAAUGACGAACGACAUAGCUAUGAAAAGUGCCAGUACGAGGAAUUCAAGAAGCGAGUCGCCAGGAUGGACGAGCUGAGAGAAGCUAAGGGUGGUGCACGAAGUAAUUAA